UCGCGUAUGCUGACGUAGUUGCAGGCAGCCCAACGAGCAUCGAGCGUUCGCGGACAGAUCCUUAGCGGCUUUGAAGACCUGGAAGCCAUCUUCCAAGAUGUUGAAUUCUUCCUCGCAACGUUUCCCUAGGAUGAGAAUAUCCGAAAAGCUGCAGUGGACGUGGUCACUUGUGUACUAGCAGCCAUGGAGCAGGUCAUUGGGUUCUAUAUCAAAGGAGCCCAGAAGAAAUUGGGAUAGGCUGUCUUCAAAGGAGAAGAGUAUCAGAAUAGCAUCCUGGAGAGCCUCGCUGCUAUGAAGGCUUCAAGCUGGACUCUUAUUCACAAAGCGAGAAACUCGUCCAUGGGUAAUAUACGGUGGGUUUUCGAGAACACGCUUCGAGCGUGGAAUGAAAUGCGCCGAGCGCAACAAGAGCUCAUGAGGAGACAAGAGAAGCAGAUUCAUCAAGGACUGGAGACCAACAGGAACGUGGUUGAAGUCAAGGAAGUAGUCCUAAAGACUGAGGAAGGUAUCGUGGAGAUAGGUGAAGGCAUAAACUCGAUAAAGGACCUGUUUGAUAUGCAAUGCCGGCGCUAUGAAAUAGGGCGUGCGCAGGAUGAGAGACGGCACCAAGACCAGCUUACAGCCGUCAGACGCGAGAUCUCCACGUUGAUGGUUGAACGCGAGCAUUUGCGGAGCUGCACACCUGCACCAGGGCCUUCAAUGAUAACUCAUAUCCCUCCCGCUCCGGUGACAGAAUGGUACAUCAACCCACAAGAGCUCUGGCGCCUGCUCAACAUCUCCAGCCUGGACAUCGAGGAUAUGCAGUUCAUCGAAGAACGGAGAGAGCGGUUUCCGAGCAAGGACCGCGCACGAGCGGAACAGGUGGUCCGGACACAUCAGUUCAAUAACUGGAUCAUUGCGCCUACAUCAACCAAGCUGCUCGUGCACAGCGACUUCGGUGGAACCCAAUACGUCUCUCCUCUCUCUCUCUUUUGUUCGACACUGAGCCAACAUCUCCAGCGCAAAGAGAACUUCAUUUCGCUCGUCUUCUUCUGUGGCCGUCACGUGGAAAAGAGAGACGGCGCAUCUUUCGGAGGCACAGCCAUGGUGAAGAGUCUAAUCGCGCAACUACUACUCUGCCAACAACACCUCGAUACGCGUCACAUCCAUUACGAAGUCAGUCUCAACGAGGUGCAGAGCGGCGAUCUCAACGCCCUCUGUAGUUUUUUCAUAUGCCUGCUUCGUCGGCUACCCAAAGCCGUCACUGUUUUCUGCUUGAUUGAUGGCAUCGGCUACUACGAGCGGGACGAAACGAGGGCUGGUAUGCUUCAAGCCCUUGAAUGUGUGCUGCGCGCUACAUUUGACAAGAGCGUUCCCGCGGUGGUAAAAGUGCUCGCGACAAGCGUUUCGUCGACUCACAAGGUUCGGGGAUACUUUCAUAAAGAUGAGAUCUUGUCGAUGGUGGCGAUGGCGCGAGGGGGAGGUGCGCCUAGUGGACAACGCCUGGAGCGACACUUGAGCGGCGGCAUAAACCACAUGGGCCACCAAGAACAUACGUAGGCUAGAUCUGGAUCCCACGUCAUCCUAGUUGAUAUCAUUGGCCCCAUAUGCUG